CUUGCAGCCCACAAGCCGAAGCUGCAGCCGGCCACCCGCGCGAUGAGCAAAGUAGGCGGCGGCGCCGGUUCGGCCCCCGGCCCGACGGCCGCGGCGGCCGCCGCGGCGGUGCAGAAGCAGAAGUCGCUACUGCAGAAGGCCGAUGCCGACGUCUCCAGCCUCGUAGACAACUUCUCCUCCCUCAUCAACAUCGCCCGCGUCAACGACCCGCCCGUGCGCAACUCGCAGGAGGCCUUCCAGAUGGAGAUGCGCGCAGCCCGCAUGGUACAUUCAGCAGACUCUCUGUUGAAAUUGGUGUCAGAACUUAAGAGAACAGCCAUCUUUUCAGGGCUUGCUUCGUUGAAUGAGAAUGUGGAUAGGAGGAUUGAGGUGCUUGGUCAGCAGGUGGAGGGAACAGAGAGAAUGCUGGAGAGAAUUGGGCAGGAGGCAGCCACAAGCCUCAAGGAGUUAGAGGCCCACUACUACUCGUCUGUGGUGAGGUCUUCAUCCUAUGAUUGAGGGUUGUCUCAGCUGGUAGGCCUGGAUCUGGAUUAGCAAAAUAAUGUGUUUAAUAUAUAUUGUGUAGAAAUCACUUUGAAUUGUUGAUUAUAGAACAGCUGUAAUCAUUUUUCAAGACUGUUGUACUACUUGCCUGAUGUAUGCGUUUUGCUAUUCUAACGGUAGAAUGUUAGCUCCCAUGUACACUAGUUAUCGCUGGUCCACCAUCUAUCUUUACCCUGAGCUGUAAAUUGCAUGUUGCCUUGAAUCUGUUGAAUUCCUUGUUAUUUCCAAACCGAUAUGCGUGCUAAAUUUUGUUUGA